GCGCUGUGUCAAACUUAAAUGGACACAUCCCAUUGCAUAACGCCUAACCCAGCCUCCAACCCACCCUCUUCUGAUAGGAGAAGACUUUGACAUGCAGUUCGACACCCAGACAGCACUGCAUCUGUCCCACACUAGCAGUUAGGGCUACAUAAACCACGAUCCUCAAAGCCGUUCAAAAAGCAACAACGCGAAGAUUUCUUUUAAAUACAAGAAUCAAGGAGGGAUGGAGAUCCGACCACCUUCAUGAGCUCAGCUAUGUCUGAGACGACCAGCUGCUCCCCCUUACACGAGCAGUGAGUCCGCCUCCCCCCUCCUCACCCAGCUUUCUCCUCCAAAACCAUGUCUCCUCCCGGAGGCUCCGUCUACCUGGCCCACACUGCCCACUGGCAGCUCCUGGGCCUCAUGGUGGGGUGUUCGGGCUGGAUCCUGACCAUGGUCACCGCCGGCCUCAACGAGUGGCGGCGGUGGUAUGUGUCCGACGUGACGGUGGUGACCUCGGGGCUGGCCUGGGUGGGCAUCUGGAAGGCCUGCUUCUACAGUCACGCCCUGCCCACCCUGGAGGUGUGUCGGAACAUGGGCAUCUCCGAGGAGUUUGUUCCCCUGGAGAUCUCGAUGGCCCAGGUAUUAGUCAUGCUCGCGGUGGUGGUGGGGCUGGCAGGGAACGUCGCUGCCUCCUUUGCUAUGAGGAACGUCUACCACACGGUGGAGAACCGCGACAACACCAGGCUGCUGUUCUCAUUGGCCGGCACCCUCUACAUGUUCACGGCAUGGUGUUCCUUGCUGCCAUUGUUCUGGAACAUGAGCUCGGUGCUGACCAAUCGCACCAUCGACUUCCCGCCAGAGUUCCAGCUGCCCUCGGCGCCGGUCAGACAGGAAGUUGGGUACGGCAUCGGAGUGGGGAUCUUUGCAUCCGUACUCGUUCUCGUCAGCGGGUUGCUUUUCCUGUGCUACAAGGUGCCAAACCAAGCGCUGACAUCCAAGACCUGGCCUAUCACGGAAGACAAGGAUGCUGUGUGUGCGUCUGGGUUGGAGACAGUCGAGUCGCAAGGUCCUACGUUACAGAGUAGAGGCACGGAGGGUCGUCUGGGGAGGGACAACCCCACCUUUCAGGCAGAGGAGGACCUGUAGUUUCCCCCCCUGACAGGAUGGUACGGCCCAGACACAGGCCUGAGAGGAGGAACUUUCCAGAACCUCUCAUCUGUACUACAGUACUACCAAGACGCAAAGACUGACAGUGAUGUUUGAUUUAUUGACGCAUUUCAUCAUGACUAACUUCAUGAGAUCAAGUCUUUUUUAAUGCGAGAUCUUGAUUUUAACGAUUUGUGAGCGAUGAAAGGUGGAAAGAACAGGGACAGAUAUUCUAAACACAUUUGACUCAUGCUGUAAUCCAUAAAUGUUUAUUCAGUUUACCAGCCGUCCCGCUGAUUUAAUUCUUAAUUAAUUCAGUGGCACCUCCCAGAGUGCUGCCAGCCUUUAUAGGAAUGCUCUUUGAAUAGCUCUCAUUUCCUAAUUUUCCAACUGUGAUCUUGUGCCACAUUAAUUGAGGUAAAAAAAAAAAAAAAUCACUGUGAAAAACAAGUUUUUCUAUCAACUUUUUAAACCCUCUUAAUCCCCCCUGAUUACACCGGAGGGGAAAUAAUAAUUUACUAAUUAGAUUAGGGAUUUAAUUUCUCAGCAUGAGCUUGUGCCUUUUUCUGGCAAGCAUGGAUUAACAGUGUAACAGCUCUUGGACACACAGUUCAGAGAUAAACAUCUUAUCUCAGACAAUCUCCAGUAUCAAAUCUAUCUUAGAUAUGAUCCAAGGGAGCGUAACCAUUUAUUGUACCCUGACGGCAGGAGUCCAAAGGGAACAGCCGAUGGGCGGGUCCCUGGGAGUCUAUGUCAUGUGACUCGGCUCCUUGGAGAGCAGGCACGUGAGACCCCAGCUAGACUUUGGAGAGGGGGCUGCAUCACUGUGGUGAUUGUUGCCAAGGAAGGCACGUGCACACACUCACACAUACGUACAUGUACGUGGAUGCAGACACACACAAACUCUGGUGCAGUGGCUCGCAGCACCUCUCUGGGGGGGGCUGGCUGCCCAGAGACAAAAGGGUUUCUUCAGAAGAGUCCAGCUCUUUGUUGGGAACACGGGCCUCAGAAGUGGAUGACCUGCCCUCUCAGGCUGCCUACAAAGCUCUGCCGACACUCACAACCCUGUUGUGCUGCUGGUGCUGCGGUAUCGAAAGGGAGACGCCUUGAACUCAAGCACUGCUGUUGAGAGUUUGAUAUUAAACCUCUGCAUUCGUGGUGCCGGGCUUAUACCUGCGAGCAAGGUGCACGUACUGAAACCUUCUCCGUAUUUGAAAUACAUUUACAUGUAGUCAUUUAGCAGACGCUCUUACCCAGAGCGACUUACAGUA